CCGCAUAUGGCGAGAGACUUGAUCGGUCCGGCGCUUCCGCCCGGCUUUAACGCUCGCGGGACAGCGGAAGACAAGGAGAGGGACCCGAGUCCGGUUGCAGGACCGGCUUUGCCACCUAAUUAUAAAAGCAGUAGUUCAGAUUCAUCAGACAGCAAUGAGGAUAGCAGUUCUUUGUAUGAAGAAGGAAAUCAAGAGUCUGAAGAAGAUGACACUGGUCCAACUGCAAGAAAACAGAAGAAAAAUCCGGAUGAAAACAAUGAAGAUGAUGAUGAUGGUUUUUUUGGACCAGCUCUUCCUCCUGGAUUUAAAAAGCAGGAUGACGCUCCCCCUGGGCCAAUAAUAGGUCCUGCAUUACCACCUGGUUUCAUUAAAUCUACCCAGAAAAGUGACAAAGGCAGAGAUGAUUCAGGACAAGAAACAGAUAGCAGUGGAGAUGGUGAGGACAUUGUUGGACCAAUGCCUGCAAAAGGACCAGUUAACUAUAGUGUAACGACAGAGUUUGAAAAAAGGGCCCAGAGAAUGAAAGAGAAACUGACUAGAGGAGGUGAUGAUUCACCUAAACCAAUUACAAGGGAGUCAUGGAUGACUGAACUUCCUCCAGAACUGAAAGACUUUGGUUUUGGGCCAAGAACUUUUAAGAGAAGAGCAGAUGAUAAAUCUGGAGAUCGAUCAAUUUGGACAGAUACUCCAGCUGACAGAGAAAGGAAAGCUAAAGAAACACAAGAAGCAAGGAAGUCAUUCACUAAGAAGGAUGAAGAACAAGUAUUGUCAGGAAGAGAUAAGAGAUUGGCUGAGCAGGUAUCCUCAUACAAUGACUCAAAAAGAUCAGAAUCUCUUAUGGACAUACAUCAUAAAAAACUAAAGAAUAAGGCUGCUGAAGAUAAAAAUAAGCCUCAAGAAAGAAUACCAUUUGACCGGGAUAAAGAUCUCAAGGUUAAUCAGUUUGAUGAAGCUCAGAAAAAAGCUCUGAUAAAGAAAUCUAGAGAACUGAACACCAGAUUUUCACAUGGCAAAGGCAAUAUGUUUUUAUAA